CUCAUAGGCUUCUUCUUAAGCCAAGUCGUAUUCUCCACACUGUCAGUGGUACUUUAUGACCCAGGCUACCUUCUGGAUCAAAAAGAUACUGGAAGCUGUAAAACACACAAAGCCAGGCUUUAUCAGCUAUGUGUGCAGAAGGACACCAGCCCUGAGUGUGUGCCACUUCAUGCCCAUGUCACGUGCUCCUCUGUUUACCUGGCUCCACUUUUCCGGGUCCAUCCUUGGAUAGAGAACCAAAGAAGCCACAGUAAAACCUGGCUGCCUGGGGCUAGCUGCCCAUUCAUGGAGUACCCUGUGCACACUGAAAUCCAACUCACCCAUGCCUAUUUCCUGUAAUGGAUGAACUUGAUGCUAAUGUGAGUUCCAAGGAGGGUUUCGGGUCAGUGGAGAAAGUCGUGCUGCUCACAUUUCUCUCGGCUGUUAUCCUGAUGGCAGUCUUGGGGAACCUGCUGGUGAUGGUGGCUGUGUGCAGGGACAGGCAGCUCAGGAAAAUAAAAACCAAUUAUUUCAUUGUGUCUCUUGCCUUUGCGGAUCUGCUGGUGUCAGUGCUGGUGAUGCCCUUUGGUGCCAUUGAGCUGGUUCAAGACGUCUGGGUUUAUGGGGAGAUGUUUUGCCUCGUCCGGACAUCUCUAGAUGUCCUGCUCACAACGGCAUCGAUUUUUCACCUGUGCUGCAUUUCUCUGGAUAGGUAUUACGCCAUCUGCUGCCAGCCUUUGGUCUAUAGGAACAAGAUGACCCCUCUGCACAUCGCAUUAAUGCUGGGAGGCUGCUGGGUCAUCCCCAUGUUUAUCUCUUUUCUCCCUAUAAUGCAAGGCUGGAAUAACGUUGGCAUAAUUGAUUUGAUAGAAAAAAGGAAGUUCAACAAGAACUCUAACUCUACGUACUGCAUCUUCAUGGUCAACAAGCCCUAUGCCAUCACCUGCUCUGUGGUGGCCUUCUACAUCCCGUUUCUCCUCAUGGUGCUGGCCUAUUAUCGCAUCUAUGUCACAGCUAAGGGGCAUGCCCGUCAGAUCCAGCUGUUACAACGGGCAGGAGCCUCCUCAGAGGGCAGGCCCCAGCCAGCAGACCAACAUAGCACUCAUCGCAUGAGGACAGAGACCAAAGCAGCCAAGACCCUGUGCAUCAUCAUGGGUUGCUUCUGCCUCUGCUGGGCUCCAUUCUUUGUCACCAAUAUUGUGGAUCCAUUCGUAGACUACACUGUCCCUGCGCAGGUGUGGACCGCUUUCCUCUGGCUUGGCUACAUCAAUUCUGGGUUGAACCCCUUUCUCUACGCCUUCUUGAAUAAGUUUUUUAGACAUGCCUUCCUCAUCAUCCUCUGCUGUGACAAUGAACGCUACCGAAGACCUUCCAUUCUGGGCCAGACUGUCCCUUGUUCAACCACAACCAUUAAUGGAUCCACACAUGUGCUAAGGGAUGCAGUGGAAUGUGGUGGCCAAUGGGAGAGUCAGUCCCACCCCCCAACAACUUCUCCUUUGGUGGCUGCUCAGCCCAGUGACACUUAGGCCCCUGGGGCAGUGACCCUGAAGACAGCCAUCCCUCCAAGAGAGGGCCAGGUCCUAAGCUGCUGCUCGUGCCUGACUGCACCCGGUAUUCUCUUCACCCAGCAUUCCAUCCA